AUGGCCCUGUUGGAAGAUCACCGUCAGAGCUUGUCCAAAGAGAAAAGCAACGAUUCGGCAGAUCUCAAAGGCCUGAAAAAGAAACCAGCAAUGCUGCUACUUUGGUCCUUCCUCGAUGAUGACGGCACACCACUUUUCAGCGCAGUUGGCAGAAUCGGAAAAGAUCCGGCUAAGCAACAGACAAAGUUACACAGACUGUUUGGUUGGACAGCUGCGCAAGGCCAUGGGACGAAUGAACCAUGCAAGUACGUGGCCUCAGCGCAGAAGUGGGUAGACAGGUCAAGACAGUACGACUCACAUGACGAACGUGAAGAGACCAGAGUUCGAAAUCUGAUCACAGCACACGCCGUCAAGCCUGUCGACAGGUUGAACGCAGAGCACUUGCUCAGUAAAGGCACCAAGCCAAAGCCGAAGGGCAGCCUUGACUUCCCAUAUUUUCGUGAACUGAGAGGCACAUGCGCUCCUCGAUUUUUCCAGAUGCCGUAUACGAAGACAGACGCACAGAAACUUGAGGAUGCAAUUCGAAACCGGAGAAGCGAAGCUCGCCAAUCUUCAACCGGUCCUGCAGAAGAAUCGAGUUGGCACCUAAUUCUGCGGUAUUUUACCUUCUGUGACGACUUCGCCGUGGACGAGAAAUUGGCAAGGGACGUCGCAACUAUCGUUUCUGCAAUGCGUGGGACCACAGUCACCGCUUUCGACGUGAUCAGGGUGAAAUGCCACAGUCAUAUCACAGAGGAAAUGCUGGAUUCCGACGAAGACUCCGGCACGGGCUGGUGGCGACACCCAAGCAUAGGUAUUCCCGAGCUAGGGGAGUGCCUGAGGUUUGGUGCGGAGGUAAUGCUGGAUCAGGAACUCGAGCGACGUGGCAUCAGCAUCAAAGCUACUUAUCAGGUCGAGCACAUCGUCGACAUCUUCAAGACUGCGCUCCAACCGGUUGUCCAAGUGAAUGACCCGUCCGUUAGGUCCUCACUCCGUUAG